GCAUAUUGGCGACACAAUAAACUUUGUGAAUAGCGGGUGAUUUGAAAUUCCAAUAAGCAGUGUAUUGAAAAUAUACUUUAGUGUUAUAUAAUUAUUUAUUUAUUAAUUCUAUUGUCGCUAAGUCAAACAAUAUUGAAAUUCGGUGAAUUUAAGCACGAAUAAACAAUUGUAUGACAUAAUAUAACGUCAAAUCUCAAAUAUGUCAAUUGCUUUUGGGUCUUGUAAAUAUUUUGAUCAUCGUUAUUGAGGUUAAGUUCUGCCUUCGAAUGUGUUUUACCGUACGGUUAGAUCGUGUUGUGUUGUGAUCUUGUGCCGCUAAUUCUUUGCAAUGAUAGUUGCGAAUAUUUACAAGAAUUUAUGUCGACCCAGAAUUCUGAGCCACUACGGUCGCUCACUUGCAAAUUUGUGUAACGUGUCUAGUAGAAUAUUUACCCCAAAAUGCAAGUCAACGACGAUACGAAAUAUGGAUAGAAUUUUUUUUUCUCCAUACAAAAAUUAUAGUACCGAAUCUGAAGCGAAACCCGAGGCUGUCGCUUUACCACCAAUUUCAGGUUUUCCACCCUCGCUAUGGCCCAAAAUCUUCACUACCCUCAAAAAUUACUUCAUUAUCAAUAUGGUGAUCAAAUCAAAAAUCGACAAAGAAUUCAACGAAGACGAUUUUGUGUGUGCUACUAAACAGGCUCUUCUGGUUAUAUCGAGAGCUCUAGCUAGCGAAGAUUAUGAUCAGCUCAACGGUCUUGUAACAGUAGACGUUAUAGACACAUUGAGAAACAAUAUUAGCAGGCUGAAUUAUGAACAGAAAAAGUGCAUAGCAGUGCAAGAGGGAGACAUUUAUCUGUCAUUCCCAAGUAGUGUCAGUAUUGAGGAGGAAAACGAUCGUAAGGUUGUUGAAAUAGGUGUGGUUCAUCAUUACAUGCAGGGAUUUGGUCUUAUGAAGGAUCAGGCAGUAACUUUGAAUUCACUGUCUGCAUAUCAGGAUCGAAUAUACAUUGCGAAUUAUCGUUUCCAUCGAGACUAUUCUGAAGGCAGUGAAGCGUCGUGGAUCGUCAACGCUGUUAACCAUUUUUCACCUCAACUCGCUUAUCAAUAUCAGCAGAACUGACAGAGGUGGAAUGUUUCUGCGCAGCAUGCAAAAUCAUCAAUAAGUUUCGCCAUUGCUGAAUCGGGAUGUUCCCAAAGUUUGUUACAUCGUUUGAAAAAAAUGUAAAACGUACGAAAGCCUUUUACGCCGAUGAUUUUUCUGUUUAACAAGUAAACAAAGAAAAAGGGAAAAAGAAGAAGUAUUCACAAAUACAAAGACGUAUCACA